AUGCGUCAAUCCGCUCAAUUUGCGCUCUGCGCACUAUACUCUGCUGUGGCGGCGAGUGAGUCGCAGAAGCCGCUCUUAGAUGGCGAUAAGAGCGUCGGAGGAAGCCCAUUCACCGAGGAGUAUGCGAAGCACGUCGGCGAGCUUCUGGAAGAGUGGCAUGUGCCUGGUGUGGCGAUCGGUAUUGUUGACGGGGAUGACAUCUGGACUGAGGGCUUUGGCAUCGCAACCUACCCAUCAACCCCAGUGACGUCCUCGACGCUGUUCUACUGCGCCAGCACAAGCAAGGCAUUCACAGCCGCAGCCCUGAGUAUCAUGAUCGACUCGGGCAACUACACGGCGCCCGCGGUCUACGGGCAGCAGCUGGCCUGGGACACGCCAGUGCACAACAUCAUCCCGGAGGACUUCGUGCUCACGGACGAGUGGGCCACGACGCACAUCACCAUCGAGGACGCCCUGAGCCACCGCACGGGGAUGCCGCGGCACGACAAGGCGUCGACGCACCGCGUCGCCUCGCCCGACGGGGACGGCACGCGCACGGCGACGGUGCGCGACGGCGUGCGCUUCCUGCGCUACCUGCCGCUGAACGCGGCGCCGCGCACCAAGUGGCAGUACUGCAACCAGAUGUACGUGGUGGCGACGCACGUGGUCGAGACGCUCACGGGCGGCCGCUGGCUGGGCGACGUGCUGCGCGAGUGGAUCUGGGAGCCGCUGGGGAUGCGCUCGACCUACUUCUCGCUGCCGGACGCGCUCGCCGCGCCGGAGCACUUCGCGGGCGGCUACGCGUGGGACGGCAAGGAGUUCGUCAGCGUGCCGUACAUGCCCGUCGACGAGAUCGGCGGCGCCGGGAGCGUCAUCUCGAACGUGGACGACUACACCAAGUGGAUUAGGAGCCUGCUGCGCGAAGACGGCCCCGUGCCUAAGAGCGGCCACGCGGCUAUCAAGACGCCGCGCAUGAUCGUCAAGCACCUCUCUGCGCUCCCAUCUGCGGAGGGCCCGUACGAUGCGCCUGAAAUGUAUGCUCUGGGGUGGGAGCUUAUGAGCUACAAGGGCCACCGGUUUUGGACACACGCCGGCGGGAUGCACGCCUACGGGGCAGAAGUGUUCUUCUUCCCGGACCUCGACUUUGGCGUGGUCGCGUUGGGCAACACGGCGAUGAGCUCCAACUAUGUGGAACUGCUUCUUGUCUGGGAGCUUGUUGACGAGAAACUGGGUAUUCCCCAGAGUGAGAGAUUCAACUGGACUGCUGCUUUCAAGGGACAGGAGAAUCGGACAGACAUGAAGCUCGAACAUGCCAUCGACAAGUACUAUCCAGACCGCCCUGAGCACAGCAUUCCGCUCUCUCUGCCUAUCGAGGGCUACACGGGUACUUAUUAUCACCCGGGCUACCUGAACUUCACUGUUGAACUGGCCGACCCCGGCAAGACAACUCGAGCCAAGGCCGCUCUCACGGCGACAAGGCCCUACGCAACCUGGCCGUCCUUCAACGAGUUCGAGCACGUGUCGGGCGAGUAUUGGAUGAUAUUCAUGUAUACGCGAAAAUUGCCUAUCGGCGUUGUCAACGAGUAUGCGCCGGCACAGUUCCGCGUCGGUUCGGACGGGAAGGCCAACGCGCUGGGAAUCACGUGGUUAUCUAUAGCAGAAUCGGAGGAAGACAAUGUGGAAGGCCUCGUAUGGUUCGAAAGGAUUGAAUAG